UUCAACGAAGACUUGUAUAUCAAAGAGGCGAGACAAUGAAGCUAGUUGCACAUAAUUUUCCGCUAUCGUAACGCUUCGUUCGCCGUCAUGUUCAAUAACGUAACACCUGAGAGGGCGAUUGCCUUUACCAAGCAAAGUGUAAUCAUGACUGCUUUGUGGCCGCUUGCCCCGACAGCGACCAAGUUCGAGAGGAUCCGUUACACAGCUCUAAGAACAUUUUAUGUAACGAACGCGAUCUUUCUUCUACUCCCUCUGCUUAACGCAAUACGCGUACACAAGGAGAAUCCCGCGGAAGUAAGCAGAGCAAUUAUGUUCAGCGUUGCUAUCUUUAGUGUACUCGUCAGAACCGUCUUCGGGGUUUAUCAAUACGAUCGAUUUCAGCGCGUGUUCGAGGAUAUGAAAAGCUACCUGGAGAACGCGAAACCGUACGAGAGGAGCGUUCUCCAGAAGUACAUCGACCGCUAUUGCGGUUUCUACGGGAUGAUGGGAGUAUGGAUCUACAUGUUAGUAGUUGUUACUAUCAUUGGAUUCAUUCCCACAAAGGACGCCAUGCCCACUAACGCAGUAUAUCCGUUUCGUAUCGACCAUGAGCCCGUGCGGACCAUCAUUCUUCUAAACCACUGCAUCGUUGGAUUUCAGUGCGCCGCGCAUUUGAAUCUUAAUAUACAGACGGCCUUAUUAAUAUUCUUCGCCGCGGCACGCUUUCAGAUUUUAAUGAUAAAAAUGAGGAACGUUAAGGACUCUGCUACGUUAGCGAAGUACAUGACGCAGUAUGACGAUACAAAACGGUUUGCGCGAGAAGUGAUUACAGCGACUACACCCUAUUGUUUUAUAACGGUGGCUGCAGGCUUUUUGAUAACCAUCUUUAGCGCUGUCAGCCUUAUCGGAGUCGGUAUAAUUGAAGAUUAUUAUUAAUACACUGCAGAUUUAUA